CCCGACCACAGAGUAUAUGACUACGACUGGCUAUGACGCGCCACGUUGGGGAGAAAAGAAAGUAUACUUGCUGCCAACUUGUCAAACCAACUGAUCACAAACUGUUCCUGUCAGGCGCGGGGGCGCAGGUGUGGCGCGUGACUGACUGCGUGUCUUUCGUAUCUUUCGCUGUGUUUCUUGCCAGGCAAGACACCAGAGAGAUAAAUCGGGUAAAUCGGCUAGAGCAAUUUUGCAUUACUUGUUUUGUGAGAGAUGUGAGUGUUGAACUUCUCGUGGGUAAGUGAUGGCAGAAAACGUGGAAAUUAAGAAGAUCCAAGAUAAGUUGUUGAAGUGGGAACAGUCUGAAAAUUCUCUGGCACCUUUAACCUCAUUUCAAAGACAUGCAAUUUUGGAGGUUGCAGAGGAAAUAAAUAGUUCACGAAGUCGCAGAAGUAAUAGUCAUCCUGAAAUUCGGUGGACUGUCACCAGACAGGAAGAAAAACCUCUUGAUAAAAAAACUGGCGAAAUUCCUCGCAACAUUACAGCCCUAAAUAAAGGGGACCUUAAAAUUGAAACCACACAUCAGUUUCUUACAUGGUAUACUCAAGUGGAAGAAGAACUUUUGGAUGAAGAAGAUGAAUUGUAUCUACAAUAUUAUGAACAAUUGCGUGCAUGGCGUUUAGAAUGUGCUACACUUCUCGAGCAUGUGGAGGCAGCACUUGGAGAUUUAAGUUGUCUAUCAGGACAGUAUCUUUCAGUUUCUGAACGAACAUCAUCUCUUCAUAGAGUUAGUGAACAACUAUUGGCUGAGCAGACACAACUCCAUUCACUGAGUGAAGAAGUGUCACAACGUCUGCGAUAUUUCACUCUUCUGGAAAACUUGACUCAGCGAUUGGGCUCCCCGACUCUAUCAGUUGCCAGUGAUCAGUUUUAUGAUCUUCUGGACCAACUGGACUCAUGUAUACAGUACAUGAGUGUUCAUAGUAAGUGGCGAGAAGCAGAUUCAUAUCUUGCAAAAUACAGACAUUGUUUGAGCAAAGCACUGGGCCUUGUGCGAGUAUAUGUAUUAUCAGUAUUCUUAAAUGCCACUCAACAAGUCCUUGCCCCACGUCAAGGAGUCCCAGGGCAGUUGCCAGCUGAUCAAGUGUUUGCAUUAUGUUAUGGGAAAUUCCAAGCAUCUGCAACUCGCCUAAAAGGUUUAUUGACACGUAUUGAAGAGCGUUGUGAUCGAAGUCAGGAACAUGAACUUCUUCUGGCAGACUGUUUGCAGUGCUAUUUUGAACAAAGAGACUUAUUGUUGGCUGCAAGUGUGCGUUCUUCAGUAGCAGAGCUUGCAAAAACACAUCAUGGGGACCAUUGUUCUCUUGUACGUUCUGGGUGCGCAUUUCUUGUGCACGUAUGUCAAGAUGAACACCAACUUUUUUUCCAGUUUUUUAGCCGGCCAGCUUCUCAGUUGACUGUAUUCCUGGAAGGUCUUUGCACAUCUUUGUAUGACACACUUCGUCCUAUUAUAAUCCACAUCAAUCACCUUGAGACUUUGGCAGAAGUAUGUUCAAUUUUGAGACUUGAAAUGCUAGAAGAGCACGUGCAGAACAAUUCGGUUCCAUUGGAAGCUUUUGGCCGUAUUGCUUGGCAACUUUUACACGAUGUGCAAGAGCGAUUAGUUUUUCGAACUCAUUGCUAUCUUCAGUCAGAUAUUUUGAACUAUAAGCCAGCUCCUGGGGAUUUGGCAUAUCCAGAGAAAUUGGAAAUGAUGGAGAGCAUUGCUCAACAGCUGCAGGAACAGGCAGCCCUUCAGGCUAUACGUCGUUCGGAAUCACAUAGCUCGUUGCAGUCUGUUGGCUCUACUACGUCACAGGAAGUGGCUCAUUUUACAGCUGAUACUACGCCAGAACAGCCCCGAUCUCGAACAGGAAAUUCACCUGCUGAUUUGCAUGGCAUGUGGUAUCCAACUGUGCGACGCACACUGGUGUGUUUAUCCAGAUUGUACCGUUGUGUGGACAGACCCAUUUUCCAAGGACUUAGCCAAGAGGCUCUGAGUAUGUGCAUCCAGAGUGUUGCCUUUGCAGCAACAGCCAUUACAUCACGCAAAGGAGCUGUUGAUGGUCUGCUGUUUCAAGUUAAACAUCUCUUGAUCUUGCGUGAACAGAUUGCCCCAUUUCAGGUGGAUUUUACGGUGAAAGAAAUGAGUUUGGACUUCAGUAAGGUUAAAACAGCAGCUGUGAGAGAACAAUUACUUGAUUCCCGGAAGGAAGUAGAUAGAACUUUAAAGCAAGCUUGUGAAACCUUCAUAAAGCAUUCAACGAAUAUUCUAGCACAACCUUUGCUCUCCUUCCUGGAUAAGGCUCAGGUGUACACAAAAAUGGUUUCAGAAGUGCAAGGAGGAGCUUUGCUCUCUAACCAGCCCUUUGCUAGUGCGUCUCUUGUGUGUCAGACAGUGCAGGAGACUCAAAGACUCAUUAAGGCGCAACUCCCAGUGCUGCAGAGAAGCAUGCAGCUUUAUCUGGCUAAUCGGGAAACAGAGUUUGUACUUUUUCGGCCUAUUAAAAAUAGUGUGGUGGGAGCUUUUGCCCAAUUACAACAAUUGCUUUCAACUGGUGGAUACAGUUCUGAAGACUUACUUUUGGCUGCGUGUCCUGCACCUGAACAAGUGGCCCUGCUUCUAUCUUCUGCUGCUCUCGCAGCGUCUUCUGCUCCUCCAUCCACUCCAAGAUCAACAUUUGAUAUUGCAUCUUCGACAGGGAAUGUGACAUUAGUAACUAAUGAACCUUCAUUGGAUCCCUCCACUCCACAUGAUAGUUCUGCAGGAGUGAUUGUGACUUCUGCAUUACCUGUUGCCCAGUGACCAUGGCUGCGGCCAGAGAUAAUUCUGAAUUAAAAGGUGGAAGAUAAAGUUACUUUAAUUAAAUAGGUUUUACUUGAAACUGUAACCAAAUUUUUAGAUUGUACAAAUCCUUAAUUUUCUUUUUUUAAACUAAUUUCCUUUGAAGAGAAAAAAACAAACAACAAUGUUGCUGAGCAGUUAUUGUCAUUAGUGUAGCUCAAUGUUGAUUUGGUUUGUGUGUUAGUGAUUUUUGAAAGAGUCAUAUGCCAAAUUCUAAAAUGAAUGUUGUAAUUAUGUUAUGAAGGUUUAAUACAAUGUUUUGUUGAAAUAAUUAUCUUGUACUAUAAAAAUUAAUGGAAACAAAGUGUGAUAUUUUCCAUUUUGACAAGAAGCUUUCCUUAGUUACUACCUAUAAGUAGGUAGCGUUGUUAAAUAGUUUUGUAAGACACAUUAAACUGGAACAUUGGUUGUAUGAGUUUGUGUACAAGAUACAAAUAAUAUUGACUUUUCAAACUAAAUUGAUUCUGAUAAGCAAUUUUGUCUUGAAUUUUUUUUUUUAAAAAUGCCCUACUCACAGUAUUUGUUUCUUGAACUUAAUUAAUGUAUUAUUUGAAACAGUAUUGUUUGUUCACAGUGUAUUCAUUGUUAAUUAGUGGUUGUGUGAAAAAGUGCCACAAGUAUUGGAAUCUGAUAUAUGUAGCACUAUUUUAGUGUAUUGAACAAUUAUUUAAAUUAUUUGUACAGUACUUUAUUUCAAUUAAGUGAAACGUAUUGUAACGUUUCUCAUGGUGAAUUAAAACUCACUGGUAUUAUUUAAACAAAAACGUUUAUUCGUAACCAAAUUAUACCCUAAAAUCUACUGACUCUAAAAACUACUUGGUCUAUUUACAGAUAUAUUACAUUUAAUUAUUUUUCUUUACAUACGACUCCGUUCUCUUGAUUAUUUAUUUACACAGUUCACUUCUACACUAU